AUGAACUGCCUCUUUUGCGACGAAGCCCUGCAAUCGACAGACAAACUCAUAACUCACAUCAGCCAACAUCUGGAACGCAUAGCUUUUGCGGUCCUUGCCAGACCUUAUCAGAAAUGGCACUUUUACGAGGACUUUGCUUCUGAACAGUCGGCCGCACCUCCCAACACGUGGCUGAAUGCUGAAGUCGCACGUCUCAUUCAAAAUAAUUCUGUGGCUGGCGUGAAGCAAUUCCUUGACGACGGGAUCCUCACAAAGACACAUUGUGGAAACAGCGCCCUGUGGAUAGCUGCUCAGACCGGCAACGAGGCUAUCGUAUGGCUCUUAUUACAACACGGAUUCGACGUGCAUAAAAGGGAUCUGCCCGCACGAUGCAAGAACGCACUCCAUUAUGCUACCGAAGCCGGACAUACGUCAGUUGUUGAGAUGCUGUUGAUAGCUGGGUCGGAUCAAUCUACCUGUCUCGACGACGGGACAACGGCUCUAAUCCUUGCGGCCGAGAAUGGGCACGCCUCAGUACUCCGCAUCUUAUGGAAUGGACACCCAAACCAGCACGAGAAUGAAGACUUGAAAUCUGCUUGGGUCCUUGCAGCAGCGAAUGGGCAUCUGGAGUGCUUGGAGGUAAUGGUGUCUAUUUUUGAAGAGAUUUCAACAAGCCAUGGGCGCUUUCUCCUUUCUCCAGUAAGUAGGGUUACGAUCCCUUCGUUAUUUGUCCGCGGGAUUGAGGCAGCCAUGGAGAAGAACAUGGAGUCGUCAAUUCAGGCGGCGCUCAACUACAACCCGAACACUCCGCUCAUAACAAAACGGCUGGAGACUCUGAUCUCCUUAAGAAUGGUUCGCUGGGUCUGGUCGUGUCUAGGAAACAGCUCUUUAUGCCACCUCUUGCUGUCAAUUCCUUGGCUUAAGCGAGACUGGCUUCCUACAAACGUGGCCUUCCCUAACGGGCUCACCGACGAAACUGUCAGAGAUAUCAGUGACGUUCUCCUUGCAAACUUGACCAGGUAUAAGACCCAGUACACCAUGGAAUCGGCCACGGUUCUCGGCAGCCACCUGCAGGCGUUUCUGAAGCAACAUCUCGAGUUCAUCCAGCUGGUAUACUUGGAUCUUGCCCGAAAAGGAGACCGAGAGUCCAUGGUCGCGUUGCUGCGAAAGAAGCUACCUCCCCAUCCAAAGACUCUGCUCGCCCUGAUGUCCAACCGCUCUGUUGAUACGUCAGUCGCCUUCUUCCUUAAGAAAUUCCCGUCGCACUUCGCCGAGGAUGACAAGACGAAGGCGCUCAUUUUCGCCGUCGAGCGAUGGAGAAAUACCAUUGUAUUGGUUGAAAACGGAGCUCUCCCGAGCGCACCCUCCCCCGCAGCCGAUCAGCUAUUGUUGGCGUGCGUGGAAAGAAGGAACACUGCCGUCCUUCAAGAAUUAAUCAAUCGGUCGAUUCCGUUGUUCUCUGCCACGACAGUGGAUACUGCAAAAACCCUUGCGGCAGACUGCCCUGGGUUGCUACCUCGGUUGUCAGGACUCGACUCGUUGGUCUAUGCGAAGAAUUAG